UUGUUAUUGUACGUUAUUGCGAAGAACGCCGGAAAUCCUGGGCAUUAUAUUAACAAUAUAUUAAUAUAUAUUAACAAAUUUUGUUUGUACACACGCCCUCACGGAAAGUCUAGUGUAUACGCGUUUUCUGUUAAUUAUAUUAUUCAUUUUGUACCUAGUUGUACCGAAAUACUAUCAAUAUUACUGUAUAUCGGGACGCCGUCGAAGCCAUAUCGCACGCAAACACGAACAUAAUAUUUUCCUUGUCGUUGACUCGACGACUCGUAAUCUGCGUCGCUAUGUCGCUUGCCAGUUUGUCGCUCGCCGAAGACGCUCACCGCUGAAUCCACCGUCCACGCCACGCCGAGAAUCGCUGGUGUUUAUUAUUAUCGCUUCAUUACAUAAAUUGGUAUGUUUGGCAAAAAACACGUCUAAAAUACUAUGCGCGCAUGUGUUAGACAAAAACAGAAAACCACGGUAUCGAAUCCCCUUAACUUCAGUAUUAUGUUGGUUUUCACACCGUCUACUGGUAUUAUGUCAAUAAAAGGAAUGGAUGCCUUACAAACUACAUUUUGGGAAAGUGAUCUAAACAUAGUUCUGACAUCCAAAGAACUAGAACCAACGAAUUUUAAAAAUAACUCUCACUCUGUCACAUUACUAGAAAACUUACAAUCUCAACGCAAAAAUGAAGUUUUAUGUGAUGUUAGAUUUGAAGCAGAUGAUGGUAAAAUAGUAAUUGGACAUAAAAAUGUUUUAAUCGCAGCUAGUCCAUAUUUUUGUGCAAUGUUUACUAGUAAUUUUGAUGAGAGCAAUAAAGAUAUUAUCAAAAUAAGACAAAUAGAUUCAAGUAUUUUACAACAAUUAAUUGAUUCUGUUUAUACAGGAAAAAUCAUGAUAACAGAAAAAAAUGUAGAGGCUCUAUUACCAGCUUCAAGUAUCUUACAGCUAGACUAUGUAAAAGGUGCAUGUGUCAAGUUUUUACAAGCACAACUGGAUCCAACAAAUUGUCUUGGAAUCAAAGCAUUAGCUGAUUUAUAUAACUGUAUGGAAUUGUUGUUGAGUUCUGAAACUUUUAUUCAAAAACAAUUUAUAGAAGUGGUUAAAUAUGAUGAGUUUCUAUCUUUAUCUUUCGAAGCAGUGGUUAAGCUAAUAUCCUCUAAUAACAUCACUGUACCAUUUGAAGAAAAGGUAUUUGAAUGUAUUAUAAAUUGGGUAAAUCAUGAAUUGGAUUGUAGAAAAGAAUUUUUGCCUGGAUUAAUGGAACAUGUGCGCUUGCCAUUAGCCUCAAUUGAGUACAUAUUCAACAAAGUACUUGAGGAACCUCUCAUUAAAAAUGAUUCAAAGUGUAACAGUUAUGUAGCUGAAGCUUUACAUUUCCAUUUACAUAAAACAAACCCACAUAUCACUAUUCCACAAACAAUUCGUUGUUUGCCUAGAUAUCCUGAUGGUUGGAAAAAAGUUAUUCUAGUAUUAAGUUGGAAUCCUUAUAAGAAAUACGGCGGUUAUAUAAACUUGUAUGACCCAACAACCAACAAAUGGAAGAAUGCUCCAGAAAUGACUAUGUGCCUUUACUCAGCUGGCUUAUCAAUAACAAAAGAUCAAUUUCUGUUUGGUGUGGGUGGUGUUCUUCAAUUAAGUUCAAAUUCUCGAUCUGUUGAAAUGCUUGAUUUAACUUUGCCAUCACCAAUUUGGGUACAAACAGUGGACAUGUUAGUUGGUCGAAAAAAUUUAGGAGUUGCUCUAUUAGAUGAUUGUUUAUAUGCUGUUGGUGGAACUGGUAAUUCUUAUGAUGAUUUAAAAAGUGUGGAAGUAUUCAAUAUCAGUACAAAAAAAUGGCAAUUUGUUUCGAGUAUGGCAAUUGAAAGAAGUCAUUUUGGUAUUGGAGUACUCAAUAAUCUUUUAUAUGCGGUAGGAGGUUUGAAUAAUUCCUGUAAUUUGAAAUCUGUCGAAUGUUAUGAUCCUUCACUUGAUAAAUGGACAACAGUUACAGAUAUGUCUGUAGAUCGUUCUCAGGUUAGUGUAGGAGUGUUGGACGGUGUAAUCUAUGCUAUUGGUGGAUUAAAUAGUUCAGGGACUCUCAAAAGUGUUGAGGCUUAUAAACCAAGUGUUGGUGUAUGGACUUCCGUUGCUCGCAUGCACAAGCGUAGAGCCUCUGCUGGUGUAGUUGCGUUUGAUGGUUUACUGUAUGUUAUGGGAGGAGAAAAAACAUGUUCGACUCAUAUGUCCUUUGAAAUUUACAAUCCUGCCACUAAUUCAUGGAAAAUUGAGAGUGUCGAUUCAUAUACUGUUGGUAAAAUGUAUGCUGCAGUAGUCUUUAAUAUGCCACGACAUUUUAGAUUUAAUUAGCUAAUUAGCAUCCGUGGUCUCAAUGUUUUGUACUUAGUUAUGUUAAACUAUUCAUCAGUGUCAAUCUAUUAUAACAUACACUCUAUUUGGAAUGAUAUCGUACCCCGGCUGUGACCAGAUUUCUUUGUGCGGUUGUCAGGCAUAUGGUCAGACGCCGUCCCCACUAUGGCGACGCGUUG